UAGCGUCAGUCGAGCCGUGCGCCUCGUACGCGGCAGUGCUGCGUGUUUCGGAGUCGCCUCGGUGCCGCCCGUACCUUCCGCGCGUUCUGGAAUUAUUUAAUAAUCGCGCGACAAGUUGAUAUGACAAACGUGGGUGUCCUCUGCUCGUUGGCCGCUCGUACGUACGACCGGAUGACGCCGGCUGCUCGAUAAUAUGACGUAAACGCGACGCGAAAAUUGAAAAGCCGGUGCCGAGCCCACGUGUGUCGCGCUCAGCGCCGAUUCGGAGCACACCGCACCUCGGAGCUGGUCCUCGUCGUCCGUUGAAAUUUCGGGUGUGAAUUUGGAAAAACGUCGUCGUCGUCGUCGUCGUCGUCGCGUUGCGCGGAUUUUAACAUCGGGCGGUUCUUCCAGUGCGGUUAAACGUCCAAGUAAUUGGGAUCUUUUUUUUUCAACGAUUGCGAUAUCACUAACAAAUGAUCGAAAGUGUUGUUCGUUAUUUUUACGGUAAUUGGUGGAUCAGUUGUUGUUAUUUUAUUUGCUCCAGGUGAAGUGAAGUGUGCCUCUAGAUACCCCCCCCUCCCCCGCCCCAUUCGUAUACCCAACUCACAGUGAAUCGGUGAAACUCAAACCUGGGAAAACUCGUUAUCUUGGGUGAAAGAAAUUAGAAAAAAACAUCCCCGUCGUGCGUUCGCAAUGUCAUCCGCGGUACCGCGACACCGCGAUUCUCUCUCUCUGACGAUCAUUGACAAAUUUUAACGAAUCGGAGUUUUUGAGUGGCGAGCCGUCGAUUAUGACGAUAGCCAGUAACAUAGUCGUGGAGUGGUUGAGGUCGCUCCACUUGGGCCAGUACUCGGAGUCCUUCAUAGACAACGGGUACGACGACCUGGAGAUAUGCAAGCAAAUCGGCGACCCCGAUCUCGACGCGAUCGGGGUCUUCAACCAGUCGCAUCGCGCCCGCUUACUCCAGUCGGUGAAAACCCUGAGGGAAGAGGGUGCGGCCAGCGUUUAUUUCACCCUCGAGGAGACCACCGACUGUCUCUGCGACAAUAUCAGUUCAAAGUCAUCGAGGACAUCCUCCGAACGACCGGCCAGCGAGAAGGAGACGCAGCAGCGCGCCUCUCCCACGGCCAGUUCGUCUAGCGGUGGACAAGAGCUAACCAAGUUCACGGACGAGUACGAAGAAGGGAAGGCCGAGCUGGUCAGGAUCCCGAGGAUCCAGCUGAGAAUCCUACUCCAAGAGAAACUGCGACACGACGGCAUCAGGCUCGCCUGUCAGCCCUACACAACGCCGGAGGGCGAGCGAGGUUAUUUGGAGGGGUUGGCGUCGAGGUACGCAGACCUCUUCAGAACGCAUUACGGUGACGUUCUGGAGCCACUCGAGGAGCUACGGCGCCGAGAAACAAAUGUAUCCCCCAGAAUGGCCAACACUCAACUUACCACCAGUCAUUCACAGCCCAUUUACGUGCCAGGAAAAUACUCUCCCUCGAGUUGCCUGAGUGACAAGGAAGAGGACGAAAUUUACGGCUUCGGUUACGGAGUUUUCGGACGUCAGAUGCUGCAGCAAAGGCAACAAAAACUCGCCCUUGCAACACAAAAUACUACCGCGACACCCGGUGCAAAUCAACAGACUUACCAAAGUUGCCUCAGCCCGAGAUCGGCGUUCUUCUAUGAAUUCCCGCCAAACGAUCAGGGACAAAAUACAAGCAAAAAGAAAACCACCUUUUCAAGGCUACUGAGGGGGCUGAAAACACACAGAAAAGAAAAACAGGGACAACCGCAAGGAUCGCCGAGACACGGACGAUCGUCUAGGAUGCAGGGCGUGCCUCAAAGAGUUGACACACCCGACAGCGUUCUACAAAGCGGACUUGGACUUGGACCGGAAAUGGGACACACGAUUCUACGAUCCAUGGUCGAUCCGAGAGAUUACGAUAGGCUGAGGUACCUCCAGAUGAACGGCGGACAGCCAAACAGCUUCGAAGAAACAAUUCAUAGGCUCAAGGUGCAGGAGGCGUUGAGAAAAAAGGAAAGAUUUCACAAGGAACACGAGGAGAUAUUAAGGGACAUCCGACAAGGCUUAAUGCAACUUGGACGAGAUGGGCGAGGUCAGCUCCCCGGAGACGACACCUACAUGUACGACGAGGACGCGAGAUGCGGAGGCGCUGGAGGACCUCCGGUCGGAGGCACCGGACCCGGUCCAGGUGGGCCCGCGGGACCCCCGGGUCAUCAUUGGUACGACGAACCUCCUUACGAAUCCGACCCCGAAGACUUUCUCAUGGGAGCUACCGGCGGACCGGUGCCAACCGCGACGAUUCAAAAUGGAAGGGUUUGUUUCACGCUAAAUCUGCGCCCGGAGAACAGGGGAGAGGGUGUUAUCUCCCUUCGUACCGCGGGUGACAUCAGCCUCCCGCGGGAUCGUUCCCGUAAAGCGGGUAUGUCGACGAUGCGGGGUCUCAUACUUCCGCAGGGUCACAACAAUCCACCGACCAUAAUACCCCUAACGCAUUCCCGAGCCUCCAGGGAGAGCGGUGACUACGCCAGUAGCGAUGUACAGAGUGUCAGCUCGAGAUUGUCGACCAUAUCGGCGGACACGAGCACAAGCAGGAGCGAACAACGUCCGACGGGGGGUAGUAGGAGACGACGCGACUACCCCAUAGAACGCGAACCCGCAACCGGCGUCGCGACCACCACCAACGCACUACGACAGUCACCGCAUCACGCACUGCAACCCAUGCGAAUUAUGCGAAACCCAAAACGCCACUUACACGGAUACAGUCGGAGUAGCGGAGAGGAGGGAAUUUCCCCGAGCCAAAGCAGCGACUACGAGGAUCAAGAAGAGAUUGAAAAUCAACAUUUGGCCGCUGUACAUACAUCCGAAGCGAGUGCCCUCCUCGAAGGUGAUACGAGGGCGGGGAUAGCGGGUCGUGCGAGAAAUCUCAGGCACGACGUUCAGAGAAAAAUAUCGAGACUUCGUCAGGACAGGGCUUCUUCAGAGGCAUUUCCGUGCAGUGCUAGCAGCGUCGAAAGUCUCCCAAGCGGCAGCGGAUCCAGCACGCAAGCUCUCGUCAGAGCGGGAAGCAAUCACAGUUCCAUUUCUUGCGAGGAAAGGGACGCCGUUAGUCCUUCUUCAAUCGGUCCCGUACUCUGCAGAGCGAGGGCUCUUGUCGACUACACGCCGAGCCCCUACGAUAAAGACGCUUUAAAGUUCAAGAAAGGUGACGUCAUCGACGUGGUACAAAUGAACACGAGCGGUCUGUGGCGAGGAGUUGUACACAAUCGAUUAGGUCAUUUCAAAUUUAUCAACGUUGAAAUUUUAAAUGAAAGAGUUCAACGACGGGGUGAACCGGAACGGGGUAAAUGGGGUCACAGGUACAGGCAGAAACCUGGAUCUGUGGAAGAAUUACUGCAGAGAAUGAAUCUGCAGGAACACAUAUCUGUCUUCGUGCUAAACGGCUACGAAGACUUGGAACUCUUCAGGGAACUCGAACCGGCGGAUCUUGAUUACCUUGGAAUACAGCAACCCGAGCAUCGCGCAAAAAUUCUCACCGCCGUCCAGCUACUUCAUGAUCUUCACUCCGGGAGCGAAGGCGACUUAGCUUCGAGUUCUGAAGGAGACGAAGUAACGCGGCUAGCGUUAACUUCAGGUCAGACAUCGGGGCAUUGCUCUCCGUUCAGCAGACGGCAGUUCCCCAGGGAUUCUGGAUGCUACGACGCACACAAGAACUCCACCCGUCGAGGAGGUACGGGUAGUCCAGACAGCAAGAAACUAUCCCGCGAGAAUAACCUGGACCUGAGUAGCUCCGGUGGCCAGGUAAAAAUUGGAGAUAAUCCGCUGCUGCAGGAGGUCAAAGAUGACUUUCUCCCGAAUAUUCCUAUAUCCGGCGUGAGCGGGGGAUCGGGGUGUCCGAAAGAUUCUCACGGCGGUCAAUUCGAGAAACCGAUGCUCAGAGGCGGCAACGUAAGGUUCGUAGGGAAACGAAACUGCCCGAAUUUCGGGGAGACCGUUGUGAUCGAAGACUCCUGCGAAAGUAGCCACAAGCUGAGCAUGGUAAAAUACGUCGUCGGGGGUAGUUCGGAUCUCGGUCUUGGAUGCGAGAGUGGAAACGCUUCGGCGAAUCUCGGACAACGCGGUUGCCUCAGCGAGAAAUCCAGCGAUUCAGGGGUAAGUUCGUCCAGUUUAAGUUCCGCUCCACCGCCCAGAGACAAGGCCCUGGUAGCAGCUGCCGCUAAUGAAUCUCCUACGAAAACGUUCGGCAAUUUCAACCGCGGAUCUCCGACCUCCCAGGGUUCCGGGGGUAAAAAUCAGCCUAGUGAUCCCGGAUAUCACUAAAUUGUAGAGAAAUUUUUCUUAAUUUUAUUGAUAUCUCAUUUACUUCCCCCACUCCCUCCCCCGUACAAACUCAUCGAUGAUUGAAUAUCUUCGUACAUCCGGAGCUCGGAAAUUCAUUAGCUCGGAUGUCGUGGCGUGUUUUGAUUAUUUCAAUUUGACGAAAUGAAAUGUAAAAAUACCCAUUCGAAUCACACCGACGAGUAAUCUCUCAAUUACGUACGUUCGAAUUAUAAAACCAAAAUCGGCACUCAGUAAUAAUUACACAGAGUUGGCGAAUAGAAAUCCAAGCUGCCUCCUGAAAUUAUGCUGGCAGCGAUAAUAAACAUUAUUAAAAGAGAAUAUCGAAACAAAGAAUAUUCGAAGGACGGAGAAUUUUCAAUCAAUCUUCCGUCAGUUGUUUUCACUAACGAGGGAAGAACGGGCAAAUUAUUUGACUAAUUGCCUGAUUACUUCUCCCCUGCGUAGAAAUUUUACUCCCCGUCUUCAUUUCUUGGGCUUGAUAUUUUUUUUUCUCAAACUCCGAAAAUUAUCUGGGUGAUUUUUUCGAUCAGCUAGAGGGGUGAAAAAGUUGGAUACUUUCCAUCAAUUUUUCUCUGUGAUUUCACCGGAUUCUUUGAAUCAGCCGUAUGCGAUGUUUUUAACGAUAACUUGGUUCCUUGAUUUAUCGAUUGAGUGAAGGUGGUAAUGAUGUAAAAAAAGAGUAAAGGAGAUGUAGGAAAGUCUCAAGUCAUUUAUACAUGGUAAUCAACGACCGACAAUCCCCACCAAAUGAAAAUAAAUAAAAACGUAAGAUAAAAUAUUUAAAGAAAUUAAAGAAGAAGCAGAAACACUGAAUGAAUAUCUAGCUAGAUGAAUAUUCAUACACACCUUAAUAUUAAUUAGUAUUAAAAUAUGAUCUGUUCGUAUACAUAUAAAUCAGUAGGUAUGAAGUCGCGGAAAAAUUGAAAGGAGAUACCGAAAAAGAAAUUAAUCAAACUGCAGCAUACUACCGCAUAUGAUAUUAACAGACAAAUAUAUGAAUAGUAUACCUAUCUAUAACUACUGCCGCAGUGUCCAUAGUUAUGAAAUACUACCUGUAAAUAUGAAUAUAUCACGUUAUUUUAGAAAUUAAAAGAAAAAAAUAAUAACAACAAUAAAAAUAAUAAUAUCUAAUAACAAUAAUAAUAAUAUCUAAUAAUAAUUAUAACGAUAAUGAUAAUAGUAAUAACAAAUGAUUAAAUAAAUAAAUGAGUAAAUGAAUAAGUGAAAUCGUUUUUUAUCGAUCUUAUAUAAUAUUCGAGACCCUUGCCAAAACUUGAGACGAUGAGAUAUAUUUAUUGUAUUGCAGAGAAAAAACCCUUAAAUGAUUUAAUUCAAAGCGAUGUUGGAUCAUAUGUACAUCUUUGUAUAGUGUAAAUGAUAGAUAACGAUAUGAAGAUCCAAAAUUCGUACAUUAUUUAAUGUUAUUUUCAUCAUCAUUAUUACCGCCAUGAUUACUUUCUUGGUUAUUGAAUCAUUCAACGCGAACCGCGUACUUUAUCAACUGUAUGUAAAUUAUAUCGCGUUAUGAUUAUUACCAUUAUUAUUAUUGUUAUUGUAAAAAAUGUUAUUAGAAACAUUAUUAUAAUUUCUGUUAUAUCAACAUCAUUAUCAUCAAAGUUUUCCACAUAAUUAUUCGAUUAUUAUUCAACGAUGAGCACGCGGUGAUCAGAAAAUUCCGGUGCUAUGAGAUUUCAAAGCAAUUAACGUUAUGUAUAAUAAAUUAAUAAUAGUAGGUUGCAUGUUCGAACUUUCUAUUCAAGUGAAGCGAAAUGAAUAAAAAGAAUCUAUCUAUAUAAAGAUAAAUAAAGAUAUCAUAAUCACGAUAAAUAAAAUUCGUAACAUCUCAUGCUCGCUGGAAACUUUGUCACACGAUUUUCACCCCCGUUUUUAAUACUCUCCUGAAUUUGCAUCGAACCGUUCGAUAUUGAAUAUUUAUUUAUUCACAUUCUGAUCAUUUAUAGAUAAAGUUUUUUAUAGCCAUAGACUGCUUGCGAUAUGAUUUAUUAUUUCAUAGAACCAUCGACUAAUAGUGUGACAAGGUGAUAUGCAUAUAUUGUUAAAUUUUAGUAGAGAAAUUCUUACCUAUCGAUCAUCUGAACCAAUCACACUGCCAGCACUUUUCAAUUAUAUUUACCGAUAAUCGUAUCAAAAAGAAAGGAUCGAUGAGUAGACUGUCGAUGUGUUGAUAUUUGUACAAUACGUCUUCGCUGUUGCUUCCUCCCCGCCCCUUUUUUCACUUUUUGCGAAUGUCAUUUCUCUCAAACCGUAAAUUUUUAAAUAUGUCAGAAUUCGCAAAUUCGCGUAUUAUUACAACUGUCUACAUUGUCUCAUGUCAGUGAGUAAUUUCCGUGAGAAGUGAUUUCAAAUUCUACUGUAUUCGGGUGCUGAAUUUCGGGGUGAAAGACAGAGGGUUCGUUUUUACGUAGAGAAGAUCGAACAAAAUUCAAUGAAUAAGCUUUCCAGAACAAAAUAAAAAGAGAAAAAAUAUUGGCAAAUUUGUACGAUUACAACGGACUGCAUACAUUUUUUUUUUCAACUUUAGUGAAUAUUUGCUACCGCGCAAUUGCCGUAGAUUAUCCGUUCCAACGAGUUGUUCAUGUAAUUAUUAUGGUUACGUGUAAAGAAGAGAAAUAUAAAUGAGGACGAAGUAGAGUAUGAAUAAAUGAAUAAAUAAAUAGGAAUGAGUGAGGGCGAAAAAAGAGGUAAAAUGUUAGGUAUAAAUGACAAUUGUUCAUAAAGUUAAAAUAGACACAACAGUGAUUUAAUUAGUUCAGAUGAAAUGCAAGAAAAAUUAUAAAAUAGAAAACGAACAAAGAAAAAGAAACUCAGCAUUCAAUAUGUGAAUUCAUGAUUUCCCGUAGAAUAAUUGAAUAAAUGAAUAUAAAUAAAUAAUUGAUAGUUGUAAUUUAUUAGGUGAAUGUAAUAAAUGAUGAAAAUAUAAUGACGAUGUUUAUCAUUAUGAUUAUUAUAAUAGUAACGAAAUUAAAAAAUUAAAUCUAAUUCCUACAGAGGCUACAAGUCUGUUUCUAACUCACAUAUUUGCAGAGUAUGACGAUGAAAAAAAAGUUAUUGGAAAAAAAUAAAAGGAUUGCGAAUUAUACUCAACUGACAUUUCAUUGAAUUAGUGGUCUAGUCCAUUUAUUAAGAGCGUAAUAAUAUUAUUGUAAAUAAAAAUUUAGUGACUCUGCUGCCCUGUAACUAUGCGGUUCGCCGUAUGUCACUAAACUUUUUAUAAAAGAGUUGAAUAAUAAGGAGAAAGAAAACAUGAGUAAAGAACAAAUUGUUUUGUAUUUAUUGAUUGUAAUGAUACACAAAGGGUUAGAGAUUAUUUAAUUUUUCAUUGAUUGGUUACUUUUUAAUUUCAUAAUAAUGAUGACGACGACGUUAAGAUUAUAAUGACGAUGAUGGUUGUUAAUUUAUUGACUGUGAAUAGAAAUAAAUUACGAGAGAAUUAAACCUUAGAAAAA